CACCCCUCGACGUUUUCCCCGACUCCAACCACGGCCUUCUCCAGGUUCUCCAAACACAAUUCCAGCGUCACCAUGCGGCGUUUCUUUCGGGGUCCUGCCUUUGCCGCUCGGGCGGUCCUGUCGGCUCGCAGCUCACUCCGGCCCACCCGAUUUCCGGGCAGCAGCUUGGCGACGCCUGUCCGCCGCUACACGCCAUCGGCGACACGGAGACAAGAUGCCUUUCACUCGCAACUCGAAGACCAGACCGCUGCAUCCUUCUUGUCCUCGCUCGGGGCGACCACGACGCAGACUCCCCAGACCUUGACCGAGAAGAUUGUGCAGCGAUACUCAGUCGGUCUCGCCGAGGGCAAGAAAGUCAAGUCCGGAGACUACGUAACGCUGGCCCCCGCAAGAUGCAUGACGCACGACAACUCAUGGCCCGUGGCUCUCAAGUUCAUGUCCAUCGGCGCCUCCCAGAUCCACGACAACCAGCAGAUCGUCAUGACCCUCGACCACGAUGUCCAGAACAAGAGCGAGUCCAACCUCAAGAAAUACCAGCAGAUCGAAAACUUUGCGCAGCAGCACGGCGUCGACUUCUACCCUGCCGGCCGGGGUAUUGGUCACCAGAUCAUGGUUGAGGAAGGCUAUGCUUGGCCUGGAACCGUUACCGUUGCAUCGGACUCCCACUCCAACAUGUACGGCGGUGUCGGUUGUCUCGGUACACCGGUCGUGAGGACCGACGCUGCGAGCAUCUGGGCUACAGGCAGGACAUGGUGGCAAAUUCCCCCGAUCGCAAAAGUGACGUUCACCGGUCUUCUGCCGGCUGGAGUUACGGGAAAGGAUGUCAUUGUGGCUCUGUGUGGGCUGUUCAACAGCGACGACGUCCUAAACCACGCCAUCGAGUUCACCGGCUCAGAGCAGACAAUGUCAACCUUGUCUGUUGACGAUCGUCUGACGAUUGCGAACAUGACCACGGAGUGGGGUGCGCUGUCUGGCCUGUUCCCCAUCGAUUCGACCCUCAAAACCUGGUUGCGCGCUCGGGCAACAGCUUCGGCAGUCCUCGGUGACGACAAGGGCAUGAAGCAGUUCUCCCACCAGCGAAUCGAGGAGCUCAUUCAGAACCCCAUCACGGCCGACCCUGGCGCGACAUACGCCAAGUCGUUGUAUCUCAACCUCUCUACCCUCUCACCGUUUGUCGCCGGUCCCAACUCGGUCAAGGUGGCCACCCCCCUUCGCGACCUCGAGGCGCAGGACAUCAAGGUCGACAAGACGUAUCUGGUCUCGUGCACAAACUCGCGCGCAUCUGACAUUGCUGCGGCCGCCAGAGUCUUCCGUGAAGCCGCGGAAAAAGGCAUCGAGCCCAAGGUCGCCCCUGGCGUCAAGCUCUACAUCGCCGCCGCGUCGACUCUCGAGCAGGAAAUUGCCGAGGUGAGCGGUGACUGGCAGGUUCUGCUAAACGCAGGUGCCGAGCCUCUGCCCUCCGGCUGCGGGCCGUGCAUUGGUCUGGGCACCGGUCUGCUCGAGCCUGGCGAGGUCGGUGUGAGCGCGUCGAACCGCAACUUCAAGGGCCGCAUGGGCUCGACCGAAGCCAAGGCAUACCUCGCCAGUCCCGAAAUCGUCGCCGCGAGCGCCUUGCAGGGCAAGAUCGCCGGACCGGGCUGGUAUGAGAAGCCCGAGGGCGUCGAGAAGGUCAUCAUCGGCGAGGGGCUCGGCAACCACGAGCAGGACAAGGCAAUGAGCAUCGAGGACGCCCUCGAGCAGAUCCUUGCGCAGGCAAACAGCGUCAUCUCGGGUGCCGAGUCGGGCGAGGGCGAGGAUGCAGCCGCUAGCGCAGAGGGCGAGGAGGCUCUGACUGAAGUCCUCCCGGGCUUCCCCGAGAAGGUCGAGGGCGAGAUCGUCUUUUGCGACGCCGACAACAUCAACACCGACGGCAUCUACCCGGGCAAGUACACCUACCAAGAUGGCAUCACCGUCGAGCAGAUGGCCGAGGUCUGCAUGGAGAACUAUGACAAGUCGUUCCGUGAGGUCGCCAAGGCCGGGGACAUCCUCGUCACCGGCUUCAACUUUGGCUGUGGCAGUUCCCGCGAGCAGGCCGCCACCGCCAUCCUGGCCAAGAAGAUCCCCAUGGUCGUCGCGGGCAGCUUUGGCAACAUCUUUAGCCGCAACAGCAUAAACAACGCUCUGAUGGGCGUCGAGGUGCCCCGCCUCGUCGAGCGCCUGCGCGAGACUUUCAAGGACGCCUCGUCGGACGCCGGCAAGGUCCUGACUCGGAGGACGGACUGGAAGUUCGCCUGGGACGUGCGGAGGAGCAAGGUCACUAUCACCGAAGGCGAGGGUGGCAACACCUGGAGCCAGAAGGUUGGCGAGCUGCCGCCAAACGUCCAGGAGAUUAUCGCGCGCGGCGGCCUCGAGAAGUGGGUGAAGCACGAGAUUGCGGUGUGAAAGACUGGCUGUCAAGAUCUUCCUUCUUUUUUUUUUCUUGUCGCCCCCAGGUGGCAAUGUAGACUCUCAAAACUGGCGAAGAUGACCCUGUACAUAUCACGAGAUAUACGAAGCUACUAAAUGAGACAGAUUAAACUAGACAAAAAGGUUCUGUCUUGCCAAGCGCGAACAUUACAUUAUGCAACCACCAGUCCCGUCGGUCUCAUCGAGAGUUCCCUCCAAACAAAGUGAGAAAGGGACGUCCAGCCGCCCAGUGCUGCCGAGCAAACAGUCAAGACUAAAGACACACAGCCUGCCUGAGGGCCUCACGGCAGGAAUUGCACAAAGCAUGUGGAUAAAAAGGUCCUGUACAUACGUGCUCAAAGUACUCAAGUACACUCAUGCCGAGGAGCAGCAGCAGCCCAAAAAAAAGAAAUGCAAUGAGCGACAGAGCCACAAGUCCCACCGGCGGAGGAAGGAUGC